UUUAUUGUCGUUCUUCCCUGUUAUGUGUUUGCAUGUAUGUGUCGAGUUAUUAAAUAUUUUGAUAACCAGUUGACCAUAACAUUUGCUUAAUGCACUAAUAUCAGAGUUUCUAGGACGUCUUUUAACUUUAGAACCGUUUAAAAAUAUUUUAAAUGUCACUAGCUUGUCUUUAAACGUUGAAGCUACAUGCUAGCUGCUGCUGCUGUUACAGAGAGGACAGGGAAGACCCACAGGAGACACACAAGAGACCUUGUUAACUCCAUUUGGGGUGGGUUUAAAGAGGUGAACAGGUUUUCAAACCUCUGGGUUAAUUCUCCAUGAAGACAAAGUCUGUUAUGGGCAUGCCCACUCGAAUAGAAUGCAUAUUUUUCAGUGAGUUUCACCCUACUCUGGGCCCCAAAAUAACAUAUCAGGUCCCAGAGGAGUACAUCUCACGAGAGCUCUUUGACACUGUUCAGGUUUAUAUCAUCACCAAGCCAGAACUACAAAACAAAUUAAUAACAGUCACUGCAAUGGGAAAAAAGUUAAUUGGCUGCCCCGUGUGCAUCGAACAUAAAAAGUAUAGCCGAAAUGCCCUCCUGUUUAACCUCGGCUUCGUUUGUGAUGCCCAGACCAACACUUGUGCCCUUGAGCCUAUUGUCAAGAAGCUGUCUGGGUACCUUACAACUCUGGAGCUGGAGAGUGGCUUUAUAUCUAAUGAGGAAAGCAAACAGAAGCUUUUACCCAUCAUGUCGACUUUGUUAGAAGAUCUUAAUGCCACAGGAGCCUGCACCCUACCCAUUGAUGAGUCUAACACCAUUCACCUAAAGUUGAUCCAGCUGCGGAAGGACCCCCCAAUAGUCCAGGAAUAUGACGUGCCAGUCUUUACCCAGUGCAAAGACCAUUUUAUCAAAUCUCAGUGGGAUCUCACCACUCAACAGAUUCUUCCCUACAUUGAUGGAUUUAGACACAUCCAGAAAAUCUCCGCUGAAGCAGAUGUGGAGCUGAAUCUCGUUCGUAUUGCAGUGCAAAAUCUCCUGUACUAUGGUGUCGUGACUCUGGUGUCAAUAUUCCAGUAUUCUAAUGUGUACUGCACCACCCCCAAAGUCCAGAGCCUCAUAGAUGACAAAUCCAUUCAAGAGGAGUGCCUUAACUACGUCACUAAGCAGGGUCAGAAACGUGCCAGUCUGAGAGAUGUGUUCCAGCUCUAUUGUGGUCUGAGUCCAGGAACAACAGUUCGAGACCUUUGCUCACGUUACUCGCAACAGCUUCAAAGGGUUGAUGAGAGGAGGCUGAUCCAGUUUGGACUAAUGAAAUCUCUUAUUCGACGGCUGCAGAAGUAUCCCGUGAAGGUUAUCCGAGAUGAGAGAAGCAGGCCUCCUCGACUCUAUACCGGUUGUCAUAGUUACGAUGAGAUCUGCUGCAAAACAGGGAUAAGCUACCAGGAACUGGAUGAACGUUUGGAAAAUGAUCCCAAUAUUGUUGUGUGCUGGAAGUGAUGGGACAGAAGGAUACUUCAGUGCCUAAGCAGCCAAUAGUGCCUUGAACAAGAGAAGGAGGUUCCUCGAAUUAGAAAAUGAGUAGUGUUUUGUAAUUUUCUUUGCUUAGUUUUCUUAAAGGUUUCACCUUCUUUUCACAAAGAACUGGGAUCAACAUCUGUUUGAAUCAAGUGAAAAUCUAAGAUUACUAAACAGUUUAAUCUCCUUCAUUAUGUGGCUAUGCAGUCAUUUAUUAAAUGGAACAAAAGCAAAAAUAUUUAUGUUGGUUUCAUACUCAGUUUUACUGUCUUUAAUGCUUUGACUCUACUAAUAACCUAAAUUCAUCUAAUUGCUACUGCAUAACCAACAUUCCGACUAACAUACCAACAGCAAGGCACGUUCACAUGCACAUCAGGGGCAGUUUGAGGUUCAGUAUUUUUGCCUGGGGACACUCAAACGCGUCGACUCAGAGAGCCACCAACCUUCGGAUUAGUCUGUGACAAACUGUAUUACAUAUAAGUGUUUACAAAAUAGUCAAAACCUUUCAAAUGUAACUUUUCAAUAUAAUUGUGCUGCCAUAAAAAUAAAGGUGGGGAAAGAAUCUGUGGAACAAGCAGAUACAGUCAAAUGUUUGAA